UUUUGUCCUUCUGCUCAUCCGGAUCUUCAGCCCUCUUUCCUCCGUUUAUCGGUGCUUGAGCAUGAGCACAAGCAUGAACAUGAAGAAAAGUAAUCAACUGACUACAACCUAGAUAGUCUGCCACACCCCCCCUCCCAUCCUUCACCUUCUCCCAAUAAUGAUGCGUUGUUCUUUUCUCCCUCUCUUUCUCGUGUUCGCCAUCGCCUGUGCUUUUCUAGACCACCGCCUCUCCCCUGACUUGCAUCCUUCUAGCGCAUCGCCUUCCCAACCUAGAGAAAUUAGGCAGACUGGCAGCGACCCCCGUUCGGCCCUGUGAUUUACGGAGAAAUUCUCGCAAGCCGGCUACUCGGCUCGGCUUGGCUGGGGAGUCGCGUUCUCCGUCUAGGAGCGCCCACGGGAUUAAUUCUGCCGGCCACGUCCAGCCACAUUCUUAGUAUCUGGAUUCUGGGAAGUAUCUAUCUAGUCUGGUGCAGGAUUUCUCGAUUAUCAAAUCUGGCGACCUCGAUAUCGAUCCAGACCUCCACCUGAGCUACGGUGUACUACUCACUCACUCACUCACUACCUUAG